AUGGUAGAGGCCAGAGAAAGAGCAUCAAGCGAGGAAGAAUUCAAGGAUGAGAACUUCAUUGAAAGACCAGCAAUCUUGGAUAAAUAUAAGGCUGCAGCUCAAGUUACUAACGCCGCUCUUUAAAAAGCAUUAUCAUUGUGUGUUGUAGGUGCAGAUAUCUACACAGUCUGUCAGGAGACUGAUAAGUUUAUGGAGGAGGAAUUGAGAAAAGUUUUCAACAACAAGAAAUCAAAGAAGCUUGAGAGAGGAAUUGCAUUCCCAACAUGCAUUUCAGUCAAUCACGUUAUGGGACAUUAUUCCCCAAUGCAAGACGAAUCAACUCAACUUGCUGAUGGAGAUGUAGCUAAAAUUGAUCUUGGUUGCCAUCUCGAUGGAUUUGUCGCUCAAGCUGCUCACACUGUUGUAGUUCUAGGAGAUGCUUCAGCAAAGGUUACUGGCAGAAGAGCUGAAACAGUACUCGCUGCUUAUCAUGCAUUCAGAGCUGCUUAAAGACUCAUCAAGGAGCAAGGAACAAAUACCAAAGUUACCCAAACCAUUGCUAGAGUUGCCAAUGAAUUCGGAGUAAAUCCAGUUGAAGGUGUUCUUUCCCACAAAAUGAAGAAGCACUUGAUUGAUGGUAAUGAUGUUAUCAUCAACAAAGAAACCCCAGAGCAAAAGGUUGAGGAAUUCGAAUUCGCUCCAGGUGAUGUUAUUGGUCUUGAUGUCUAUGUCUCAUCAGGAGAGGGCAAGCCUAAGGAGGGUGAUUACAGAACCACUGUUUACAAGAGAGAAUUAGACACCCAAUAUAAUCUUAAAAUCAAGAGUUCUAGAGCAUUCUUCGCUGAAGUCAGCAAGAAGUACCCAACUCUUCCAUUUUCAAUCAGAUCAUUUGAAGAUUCAACUGGUGCCAAAGUUGGAGUUAAGGAAUGUGUAUCUCACGAUCUUUUAACUGGUUAUCCAGUUUUAGUCGAAAAGUCUGGAGAAUUUGUAGCCUAAUUCAAAUGUACCAUCGCAGUUCUACCAAAAAGCACUAUAGUACUUGCAGGUGAAUUACCAAUCCCAGUUGAGAGAUUCGAGACUGAAAAGAAAGUCAAUGACGUUGAACUCAUCAGCAUAUUAGAAAGUGAUCUCUGGAAGAAAGAUGAUAAAAAGAAGGCCGCCAAAAAGGAACAGGAAGAAUAAAAGCAAUGA